AUGAAAUCAUCACUUGAUGAGUCUAGUUACGGACACAUAUCAGAGUACUCCUACUAUCCACCCUCAUCAUUAUCGGAAACAAGUUGCUACGAAGAAAUCUUGCUAGCGUCGGAGCAACCAAAGAGGCGUGCUGGGAGACGAAAAUUCAAGGAGACAAGACAUCCCGUAUAUAGAGGAGUACGAAGGAGGAACAACAACAAGUGGGUUUGUGAGGUGCGUGUUCCGAACAACAAGUCCACGAGGAUCUGGUUAGGAACGUACCCAACGCCUGAGAUGGCGGCUCGUGCACACGACGUUGCUGCGUUGGCGCUUCGUGGUAAAUCAGCUUGUCUCAACUUUGCUGACUCGGUUUGGCGGUUUCCAGUGCCGGUGUCUACCAAUGCUAAGGAGAUUAGGAAAAUGGCGGCGGAGGCUGCUUUAGCAUUUGCGGUUGAGGACAUUAAUGAAGAGCUGAUUAUAACUAGUGAUUCUGAUGUUUGCAACAGCGAUAUUAAUAAUUAUUGUAUUAUGGAAGAUGAUAAUAAAAGUUUGAAGGAACUGUGUGUGGAAGUUCCAGGUGAUUCCAUAUUUGAGGAGCAAGUGUUGCAUGAUUGGUUUCAGAGUAUGGCAGAUGAGCCUUUACGAAGUCCUACGAGUCCAUUUAUGAUAUAUGGUAGGGAUGAUUGGCGUAAUAUUGAUCAAGUUGAAGUUGAGGAAGUGUCUUUGUGGAACUUUACCAUCUAA